AUGCUCGAGUCGCAUACGGAUCUAGAGAGAGGAGUCAUUCCUGCGUCUUUUGGCCGAAGUGCAUUCGACGUUGGACCGGCCGCUCGAGGAAAGCCUGGAACUCAACGCAGUCUAGCAUUCGAUAUCUUGAAGGCCGUGGUCGUCUCCUUUUUUUUGCUCAAUAUUCCUUCCAUCCACUGGUUCCACAAGAACACCGCGGAUGGGACGCCUUCUCUCUCCACGCAAGUCCGCAUUGGAGCGAUACCUCCCAACGAAACGUCGGAAUUCUGUCCUCAAGCUGCCCCGUUGCUUCCCAUCAAGCACGCCGAUCUUGUGAAGAAGCUGGACGCAGUCUAUUGUGAUGAGGACUACAGGCUCGCGGCGUACAAAGCACUCAGCGGUGCUGUCCAGAUACCGACAGAGUCUUAUGACGACCUGGGUCCCGUUGGUGUAGAUCCGCGUUGGGACACCUUCGCCAAGCUCCACGAGUACUUGGAGAAGACGUUCCCUGCAGUCUUCUCAACACUUGAAGUGACCAAGGUCAACACCUACGGGAUCGUUCUACGCUGGCAGGGAUCCGACGCCACUUUGCUUCCCGUGCUUCUGACUGCUCAUCAAGACGUCGUCCCGGUCGAACCCGCGACUGCUAAGGACUGGAUCCACCCUCCAUACUCCGGGCACUACGACGGUACAUGGAUCUGGGGCAGAGGCAGUGGCGACGACAAGUCAGACCUCAUCGCAUCUCUACAUGCCAUCACCGCUCUCCUCGAGCAGGGGUUCACCCCUACCCGCACUUUCGUCUGGGCGUACGGUUUCGAUGAAGAGGCGGCCGGGACGCAGGGCGCCGGGCAGCUCGCAGUCUACCUCGAGAAGGAAUACGGAGCCAACGGGUUCGCAGCCCUCCUCGACGAAGGCGGCAGCUACGGCACGCCGUACGGCCCCUCCGUGAUCUUCGCGACGCCCUCCCUCGCCGAAAAGGGCUACAUCGACAUCCGGCUCGAAGUGUCCACCCCCGGCGGCCACUCCAGCCGCCCCCCGCCCCACACCGGCAUCGGCAUCCUCGCCGCGCUGCUCGUCGCGCUCGAGGCGCACCCGCACGACGCCGCGCUCGUCCGCGGCGGCAGCGCGUACAACUCCACGCUCUGCGCCGCCGCGUACGGCCCCACGUUCCCCGAGCCCCUCCGCCGCCUCGCGUUCAAGGCCGCGGCGGGUGGCGGCUCAAACUCGGACGCGGACGCGGACGCGGACCGCGCGCUGGAGGAGCUCAAGGACGCGCUGCUCGCGGCGUACCCGGCGAACGCCGCCCUGCUGCGCACGACGCAGGCCGUCGACCUCGUCGCGGGCGGCGUGAAGGUGAACGCGCUGCCCGAGCUCGCGAGCGCGGUCGUUAACCACCGCAUCGCGCAGCACGACCGCGUCGCGGGCGUCCAGGCGCACCUCGCGGGCGUCGUGCGCCCGCUCGCGGCGCAGUUCGGGCUGACCGUGGACGCGUUCGGGCGGGCGGUGCCCGCGGGGGACGGGCGCGGGGGCCACGUGCGGCUCUCGGACGCGUGGGGGACCGCGCUGGAGCCGUCGCCGGUCACGCCGACGGGGGCGGGGGACGCGUACCAGGUGCUGGCGGGGACGAUCAAGGCGACGCUGGAGAGCGCGCGGGGGUACAACGCGAGCGGCGUCGUCGUCGCGCCUCAGCUGGUGCUCGGGAAUACCGACACUCGGUAUUACUGGGCGCUGACCAAGAACAUCUUCCGGUACAAGCAUCUGAGCGAGAAAGACCGGUUUAACGGCGCGCAUACUAUCAACGAAGCCGUGCGAGCGGAAGCGUGGAUCGAGUCGAUCCGCUUCUACACGAGGUUCAUCCUCAACUUCGAUGAGCACCUCUGA